UUGAAUAUGAUUUAUAAAGGCAACCAAUACAAAGGCAUAGUGCACAAUGUCGACGGCUUCCAUUAACACCUGCCUUUUCUCUCUCAACAAAUCUUCUUCUUCUUCUUCUUCUUCUUCUCCUUCUCCUAAUAUCAUUCGUUCUUCUUCUAUUUCUGCAAGGCUUUCCAAUAACAACACUCCUCCUUCUUUCCCCAAUCUCAUCCAAAACAGACCUGUUUUUGCUGCCCCUUCCCCUCUUAUCACCCCCACUUGGACAGAAGAUAUGGCGAAUGGUUCAUAUGAGGAAGCCAUUGAAGCUUUGGAGAAGCUCCUCAGAGAAAAGGGAGAUUUGAAGGCAACAGCAACAUCAAAAGUGGCACAAAUAACAGCAGAACUAAAAACUGCAGAUGGAGAAAAGCCAGCCUUUGAUCCUGUUGAGAGAAUCAAAACUGGUUUCAUUCACUUCAAGAAGGAGAAAUAUGACAAGAACCCAGAGUUGUAUGGUGAACUUGCAAAAGGCCAAAGCCCCAAGUUUAUGGUGUUUGCUUGCUCUGAUUCAAGAGUGUGCCCAUCACAUGUUCUUGAUUUCCAACCUGGGGAGGCUUUUGUGGUCAGAAAUGUUGCCAAUUUGGUUCCUCCUUAUGAUCAGGACAAAUAUUCAGGAACUGGAUCUGCCAUUGAAUAUGCUGUUCUUCAUCUCAAGGUGCAAUACAUUGUUGUGAUUGGUCACAGUGCCUGUGGUGGUAUUAAGGGGCUUAUGACUUUCCCAUAUGAUGGAAAGUACUCAACUGAUUUCAUUGAAGAAUGGGUGAAAGUUGGUUUGCCUGCUAAGGCCAAGGUCAAUUCAGCCCAUGGUGGUGCAGACCUUGGGGAACUUUGUACACACUGUGAAAAGGAAGCAGUUGCUGUAUCACUUGGGAAUCUGCUAACCUAUCCAUUUGUUAGGGAUGGUUUGGUGAAUGGAACUCUUGGCCUCAAGGGUGGUCACUACGACUUCAUUAACGGAACUUUCGAGCUCUGGGGACUCGAAUUCAACGUUACUAAGCCUUUGUCUGUAUGAACUCCAUCUAUUACCGGCGGAUCGAUCUGGUAAAGGAUGUGGCCACCAUUCUGCACUGGAAGCUCUAGGGACAUGUUAAGAAGUCAAUCCUGUAAAGAUGAGACUUCUUUUUAAUAACACACUCUUUGGUUAUGUUGAAAUAAGGCUGUUUCUUUUCUUCCUGAGGAUUGAAUCUACCCUUCAAUUUGAUUGAAACCCGUUUCAGAUUCACCCGUA